UGCCGCUUGCUCCCACACUUUUUGACUCUCUUUCCCCGGACGGCCACCGUCUCCUCUCCACCAACUCACCACCCUCCACGCUCCCUUUCUGUUGACUUCGUCCUGCCUGCCACCAUGGAGACGCCGCAGCAGCCGCCGCCGCCGCAGCAACAACAACAGCAGCAGCAGCAACAGCAGCAACAGGUGGACAGCCUCCCCAAGCCCGAGCGCAAGGGCUCCGCCAUCGUCAAGCGCAGAGUGAGCCGCGCCUGCGAUCAUUGCCACCGCAUGCGCACCCGCUGCAACGGCCAGGCUCCGUGUUCGCGCUGUAUAGAACUCGAAUAUGUGUGCCAAUACAACCGAGAGAAGAAGCGUCGAGGCAAGGUCCCCCGACACAUCCAGAAGCAGAGGGAAGAGGCUGCUCAGGCCAGCCAGAACCAGAUACGCCCAGAGGGAGGUGCAGCUGCUCUGUCGAUACAGACGGCAGCCGGCUACGAAGGCCCCGACAUGAUCCCCGAGAUGGACGAGGAAAUCUGGUCCCCCGCCGAGCCCACGCCCAUCGCACAGCACUUUCCCGGAAAGAACGACGUCGUGCCCAACACCUCUUCCCCCGCCUGGCAAGCCAUGCACAACAAUCCUCUGCACCCACACCCUCCCCCAAACCAAGACUCUUCACAGCAGCACCCGCACCCACACCCACAUCCACACUCGCACCCGCAUCCACACUCGGCCACCGCCUACCAACCUCCCAUCAACCACAUCAUGAUCGAUCCGCUCCUGCUGGGCCCCGGCGAAGUGAAUCACUAUGCCCAGCACCCCCAGAUGCAUCACGGCAUGCCCCGGAACGAGGAAUUGAUGUUUGCCAUGAACGACAUGCACCUAGUCCCAGACUCGGGCACCCCAGUCACCACCAUGCCUCCAGACUUCGGCAACAUGGGCUACCCGAUGCAGUUCCCUCCCGUCCGCCAGGCUUCUCCCCACAGCUACAAUUCCGGCGACACCGGCUCGCCUCAUUCUGCAGUCAGCGUUUCGUCUUCUCAUCAUGGCUCAGUGUCCUGUCGAUAUCCCGUUCUGAAGCCAUUAAUUCCUCACCUGGGCAACGUCAUUUCCAUCUCCAUGGCCUGUGAUUUGCUAGAGUUCUAUUUCCAAAGUUCGUCGUCCAUUUUCAUGGAACCUGCCUCACCCUAUAUCCUUGGCACCGUCUUCCGAAAGCGAUCCUUUCUUCGUCAACACAAGCCCAGGAAGUGCAGCCCCGCUCUCCUGGCAAGCAUGCUCUGGAUUUCCGCACAAACUAGUGAAGCUACCUAUUUGACUUCAUCGCCGUCGGCGAGGUCUGUCAUAUGCCACAAACUCUGGAAACUGACGGUAGACCUGCUCAAACCUCUAGUCCACACGCCCUCGGGCACGCAUGGCUUCACCCAGGGUUCUGGAGGAAUGGUCAGUCCCGCACCCCACGAUGCUUUCGGAGUGGAUAGAGUGAUUGGUAGCUACGAUUCGAGAUUCGAGGCUGGGAUGCCGCCGACGAGCACGUUGGACGAUGUCGCCACCUACAUGAAUCUCGGUGUCGUCACUUCGGCUGGGGAAUAUAAAGCCGCGAGUCUACGCUGGUGGAACGCUGCAUGGAGUCUAGCUCGGGAGCUGAAGCUGGGUCGGGAACUGCCUCAAGAUGCGACGGGCGAGCAUGAUCCGAGUGUUGCAGACCGUGUGGAUGUGGAUAUGGCUAUGGGCGAGGCCAAACCGGUGCAGCCUACCGCUGGCACCCCAGCUGCAGCGCUGAUUGAAGAGAUGAAGGAGGAGCGUCGACGGCUCUGGUGGCUGCUCUACAUGGUUGAUCGACACCUUGGUCUGUGCUACAACAGGCCGCUUGCCAUGUUGGACAAUGAGUGCGAGGACCUGUUCCAGCCGGUACCAGACACCGUGUGGCAGGCUGGCGAGUUUUUCACCGGCAGCUCUACACCGCGCAGGAAAGGCCUCACUUUCCAAUGCACUUCGCAUGACGUCUUCGGCUUCUUCCUGCCUCUCAUGACCAUCCUUGGGGACAUUGUCGACCUCAAUGCCCAGAAGAACCAUCCUCGUUUCGGACAGCGACGCACAUCCAGCUGGGAGCUUCAGGAAUCGGAAAUCACCCUCCAGCUCGAGAGGUAUGCCUACAGCCUCGAGGAGUUCAAAGUCCAGCACGGCUGCGGUCCCGGCGAUGACGGCAAAAUCAAUGCCAGCAAUGGCACUCCGGACCAAGUGCGCAGCGAGUGGAUACACCAGACCAAGAAGGUGGUCGCCUAUGCAACCCACAUCAUGCAUGUCCUGCACAUCUUGACGCAUGGGAAGUGGGAUCCUGUGUCGCUUCUGGACGACAAUAAUACCUGGAUCUGUUCCUCGUCGUUCCUGACGGCCACGUCGAAUGCCAUUGCGGCCGCCCAUGCGGUCGAGGAGAUUCUCGAGCUGGAUCCGGAUCUUUCCUUCAUGUCGUAUCUGUUCGGAAUGUAUCUCUUGCAAGGAAGCUUGAUCCUGCUCUUGCUGGCCGAUAAGCUCUCCACGGAUACCAACGAAAAGGUGAUCAAGGCGUGCGAAAUCAUCAUCCGAGCGCAUGAGGCCGCCGUCGUCACUCUCCAUAACGAAUAUCAGAGAAAUUUUCGCAAAAUAAUGAUUUCCACAUUAGCUCAAAUCAAGGGCCACGCUCAUUCGCGUGAAAUGACGCCCGCCAAGCGGCGGGAGGUGCUGUCCCUGUACCGAUGGACCAGUCUCGGGAACGGUCUGGCCAUCUGAAGAAGUCAUGACCGACAUGACUGCGAUUCGACUUUUUCAGCGACGGCGUUUCAGCGAGCGUAACUGUAUGAUUAUGACCUUGGAAGAGCGGAUGCUGAGGGUCUGGGACCUUCGUGUCUACGGUUUUCUGCGUAAUUAAUGAGAGCGAUAUCCGUGUCGUCUGUGUAUCAAGCAUAUAUAUCCUGUCUGGUUUCUCAGCAA